UGGAAACCGGGACACUGAUGUAUUCACCUGCUGCAGUGCAGGGGGUUUGUUUUUCCAGAACAACCAACAAACAUUUGACUUUUACUCAUUCUGAUUUACAAAACCAGAAUGGAACAAUUUCGUGGUGCGGGAGACAAAGCAACACUCGUGAAAAUAACAGUACUUCGUGGAAAUAACCUGAGGGGCAACAAGGCUGAGUCCAUCCUGAACUAUGUGAGGGCUGAGUUCAAUGGCAUCGUCCUGGGAGAUUCCCAGAAGCUGGAUGCUGCUGUGGAUCAGGGCGUGGACUACAACUUCACCUGCAGCUUUGAGUGCUCAGAUGCUGCCCACACAUUAGAUGACAUGGCACACAAACCUGUCAUAUUGACAGUGAUUGAGGUCCUUCCCAAGGAGAAGAAGCAGAAGGAGGAGAAGACUGCAGUUAUAGGGCAAGCUAUAGUGGACUUGCUACCUCUCUUGCAUGGUCAGGUCAGCUUCUCCUCCACUGUGCUACUUCAUCCAACUCCUGGCUCACCUGCGGAGGCAGCCUCACAGGAGGGCAGCUGUAAACCAUCUCUAGACGUGACCGUCUGUGUUCCCGAGCCUCUGCUAUCCAGCGUCCAGCUGUCUAACUCCAACCUGCUGAAGGUUACUGUGGAGACAGCUUACUCUGUCCCGGAGGUGUGGAACCCUGUCUCUGGGUCUGGUCCUCCCUCCAGCUACGUGGCUGCCCUGCAGGUUCCCCUCACUGCAGAGAAAGAGCAGGUGCUGAUGUUCUCCAAUGGGCUGCUGAAGGUGGGCGGGGAGAGUGAACCCAUGGGAAGACCCAGGAAGUGGCCCUUGGGUCCCCUGUUGGCUCCUGGAGCUCAAUUCAUACCAGGUGUCUCCAUGGAGGGAGAGCCCAUUGAGAUGGAGGAUGGGGAUCUCACCAGCAUAGAGGACAGGGAUUUCCGUAAAGAAGCGGAGACCAAUAAGAAGAGAGUGAGCUGGGACACAGAGCGUCGUUGCUUUCUGGAUGCAGAUGGUGCAGCCUGUCUGACCCGUAGGAUAGCAGAAAGCAGACUGUGGCCAGUAGAGGUCAUGAGGUCACCACAGGUUGGAGCCACUAAGGGAGGGAAGGCUGGCAAAGACAAGGGAGGUGAGGAUGAGACUCAACUCUCCUUCCAUGGAGUGGCAUACGUGGACAUGGCGCCCCUGUUGUACCCCGGGGCGAGGCGUGUCCGUGGGGCGUACCAGCUCUACCCCUUCUACGACUCUGACCUACUGGUCAAGGCUAAGAGAAACAUCAGUGUUCUGAGAGAGAGUAUCAGGGCUCCGGCCACCCAGGGCCGAGGUAGGGCCCCCUCCUCCGUAGGCUCCUGCAAGGCGGUCCCUAGUAAGAUGUUUGACGGCGGUCACAAGGGCGGGAAGGACACCAAGGAUUCGCCCAAAAGGCCUGGGACUCAGGGGAAGUCAGCACCCAUUGGCACUGAUAGUGUGACGCUGGUUGAAACAGAACAGCAGCAACAAGUGAACACAGAGGGUCAGAUGUAUGCAGAUUCCAGAACCUACAUCAUCAUUGAAAUCGCUCUUGAGAAGUCGCUGGUGCCAAAGAGAUCACCGGAAGAGUUAGCCAAAAGGGUGAUGGAGCUGAUACCUCCUAGAGCUCCUUUGCCUCGCAGACCUGCUGGAGCAGAGAGAGCUGUGCAGGAGUACCAGGCCCAGAUAGCCAGUGUGGCAGGCCAGGUGUUGGAGCAGUACCAGCAGCUGUUCGGGCCUGCCUUCCUGCCCGGAGAGAAGCCUCUGGACCCAACCAGCCAGGAGCAGCGCAAGACCAAGCUCCUGGGAGAACUAAACUAUUCUGGGAAGUACUUUGCUUUCAAGGAGCAGAUUAAGUACUCUGUGGUGCGUAUCGUGAGGGAGAAGAUGCUGCGGACCGAGGCCUUCUCAGAUCCUGAGCAGCUGCAGGCCUUCCUCAGCCAGCUCUAUGUGUUCCUGGUGGACGAGAUGCACGUUGCCCUCAACAAGACGCUGUCAGUGGAUGCCCAGGAGACUCAGCCUCGCCCCCUGGUGGACUGUGCCCAGCUCAUCCACUUUGCCAAGGAGGCCCAGCUCAACGGGGACUACCAGCUAGCUGCCCAGUACUACCAGGAGCAGCUGACUCGUGACCGUAGCGACCCAGCCCACUGGUUUGACUAUGGGGUGUUGUACAUGCUGACGGCUGACUACCAGAAGGCUGAGGAGUGCUUCCACUACGCUGUGUCCAUGGAGCAAACACACCUGCCCAGUUUGCUUAUGUGUGGUAUCCUGGCAGAGAUGGGUGGACGCCUUGAGGAGGCAGAGACAUUCUUUGAAGGAGCCACGUGUGUGGACCCGGCCAAUGUGGUGGCCUGGACUCUGUUCGGCCUGUUCUAUGAGGGCCAGGAGAACUCCAUCCAGACAGAGAUGGCCUUCCUGGAGGCCACCAAGCAGCAGAGGGCAGCCCUGGUGGUCACCCCACCCUGCAGGGUGGAGACAAGCGUGGAGUCACCAGACCUGGGGGAGGAGGAGCAGGAGGUGGUGAACUGUGAGUCGCUCACCAUCAAGCCAGACGUGGAUGGAGACACAGAAGCCAGUGUGGUGACCGGGUCUCAGAGCUGCCAGGACAGCAAGCCUGGGGAGGGAUACAAGGGAGGUGCUGAGGCUGAACCUAGUGCCAUGCAACACCUAGCAACCCCCACCAGACUAAACACCACCAUCUAUAUGGAGACAGUGCAGUUCCUGCUGCAGAACAACGCACUACAGAUGGCCCAGAGAGCGCUGGCCCAGGAGCUCUUGUGCCCAGAGGGGGGUCUGAGCAGCUCCUACCACCUGGCCCUGGCCCGCCUGCAGCUGCUCAGGGCAGAGUACAGCAGCGCUGAGUCCAGCCUGAAGGAGGCGCUCCAUGACAGCUUUCAGGACCCAGAUGUAUGGGCGUUGUUUGGGCACAUACACCACCUGACUGGGGAGUUUGGGAAGGCCCAGGAGUGUUACGAGAGGACCCUGGACUUUGUGACGGAUGCCACAGACACACACCCCGUCUACCUGCGCCUGGGAUCCAUCUACCUGCAGGAAGGGGAGUUUCAGAGGGCGAAAACGACUUACCUGCGCGCCUGCAAGAGCUCCCCCUCCUGCCUCACCUGGCUGGGACUAGGGAUCGCCUGUUACCGGCUAGGGGAGCUGACUGAAGCAGAGGAUGCACUGACAGAGGCCAACAUCCUGAACAACGGGAACGCGGAGGUGUGGGGUUACCUGUCUCUAGUUUGUCUGCAGACGGGCAGAAGACUUGAGGCAGAGCAGUCCUACAAAUACGCCCUGAAGUUGAACCUACAGAAAGAGGCAGUUCUUCGUGAGAUCAAGGCACUCCAAGAUCAUGUUGGCUUUGGAAAUCCAUGUUUCUGAAGAAUAACUGCCGGCACCAUCAAUGAUUUAGAUUAAAAAACAAAGAUGAAUUGUAAUUCUGGUUGGUAAAUACCUAAUGGUUGGCAUUGCAAAGGGACUGUGAAUUGUGGAAGGAAUUACACAUCAAUGACUUGUACACUUGCCUCCAUCUUCAGCUAUAUCUGAUUAAAAGUUGUUACUUUUG